AUGGCGCUGCAGGGGCUGAAGGUGCUCGAGAUUGCGGGUCUGGCCCCGGUGCCCUACUGCGGCCUGGUGCUAGCUGACUUCGGGGCCGACGUGGUGCGCAUCGACAGAUGGCCGACCGGUGGCAGCCUCAGCGCUGACGUCCUGGCUCGCGGCAAACGCUCCCUCGCUCUCGACCUCAAGAAACCCGAAGGCGUGCAAACGCUGCUACGGCUGGCGGAGAAAGCGGACGUGCUGAUCGAGCCCUUUCGACCGGGCGUGAUGGAGCGGCUGGGCCUUGGUCCCGACAACGGGUACUACGCGCAACGGGCUGGCCACGACAUCAACUACAUCGCCGUGGCCGGCGUCCUGUCGCUACUCGGCCGGCGCGGGGAGAAUCCGCUCUUUCCGGGCAACCUCCUGGGGGACUUUGCGGGCGGAGGCAUGCUCUGUGCGCUGGGCAUUCUGCUGGCCGUGAUCGAGCGCUACAAGUCGGGCAAGGGACAGGUAGUCGACGCCGCCAUGGUUGACGGAGCAUCUUAUCUUUCAACAUUCAUCCACAACCACCGACACACGGGCAUCUGGGGCAACGCGCGGGGAUCGAAUGUGCUCGACUCCGGCGCUCCCUUCUACGAGACCUAUCGCACCAAGGAUGGCAAGUACGUCGCCGUGGGCGCUAUUGAGUCGCAGUUCUACCACAACCUGAUCAAGGGCCUGGAGUUGGACAAGGACGAAUCGCUGCCGCACCAGUUCGACACGGCCCAAUGGCCCACCCUCAAACAGACGUUCACGGAACGCUUCCUCUCGCGUACGAGGGACGAGUGGACCCGCGUGUUCGAUGGCCUGGACGCCUGCGUGACCCCCGUGCUCGAACUGCCCGAGCUCAUGCAACACCAACACAACAAAGACAGGGCUCUUCUCGAGGAAAACGAAGCGGAAGGCGGCCGGUGGGAACCGCGACCAGCUCCGCGGCUCUCCCGCACGCCAGCCUACAGCGUGCGCGCAAAGGCCUCGCCCGCCGCCGGCCAGCACACCCAAGCGGUGCUGCGCGAGUACGGCUUCGAGUCGGACGAUAUCGCUCGUCUGCUGGCCUCGGGCGCCGUCGGCGAGGAGACGCAGUCUGGCUUUCACGCGCAAACGCUCUGGCGCUCAAUCCUCUUUUUGAGGAAUUCGAAAUAG